GUCGUGUCCGCACCAAAAGUCCUGUCUCACAUACUGUUCUUGUAACGCAUAUGAUGCUGUCGAUUGCUCUACCUUUCGCGCAUCCAUCUUCUUCGACAGAUCGCCGACGGGCUCUCGAAAAUGCCGCAGCAAAAUUCGGCAGCAAGAUGUAUCGAAACGUUACCUCCGCGCUGGUUCAGCACGUCCCAAAACCACAGUCGCGUAAGGCUAGCACUCGAGUACCUGCCGCGCCGAGUCUCAACGAGCCCUGCUAUAGGUGGUUGCUUGCCAACUUACACAAUCCCUAUCCGACACAACAACAGCGCGAGCGUCUUCGCCUGGAGAGCAAGGCCACAGCCAAGGCAAUAACUACUUGGUUCGUCAACGCGCGAAAGCGCAUCGGAUGGUCACACCUACGGGCUACCCGCUUCAACCGAUCUCAGAUUGAGAUCGUCGCGGCGGCGUCGCGCUUCUGGCCCGAGAGGGAUACGCUUCGACCUCUAUCACCCGACCUCGAACUUCACUUCGCCGAGAUUGAACAUAACGCCGUGUCAUUGUAUGCCAACUAUUCUCAACCAAGCGACGCGCUCCAGAGAGUUAUCGAGAGGGUGAAGGGACAAGGCUCCUUGCACACUCAGACCACAACCGCGUCUGGGCUUCCGAAUGAUGUAGGGGAUGUUGGACAGACGGGCAAAGGCGAACACCUAGCCGCCCCGCUCAAGAGCAAGUCUCUCUCCCCCGCAUCGUCUCUCCAAGCGCCAAGGGACGAUCAACCUCUACUACCCAGCGUGACGCUUUCAUCCAUCCCCCCGCCAACAAAACCUGCCAGCAGCUCCCGCCCAGACGGCGUCCCACUGCCUGCCUUCAAACGCAGCUCGCUCAUGUUACUCCCGACCGCACCUUCACCACAAUUCGGAAAACCUUCGUUGGUAGCACCUGAUCUCAAGCGUCCGCGGCCCGACGCCGUCGACGAGCCCGUAUCCAAGCGUCGGUGCGUUCUGCCCACCUGGGACUGUCCUUCCAGUUCUUCGGCACGCCGAUGGCCUCGUUCUCGAUCGAGCCCUACCCUUGUACAGCGCCGAGUCGGGCGUUCAGGCCAUGGUCUCAGCAAACGUCUCCUUAGCGGAAACGCCGCCGGGCUUCGGAAUGAGUCUCGCCCCAGCGUCCCUAUCGGGGACGAGCACUCGAAUUUUCCACCUCAGCGGGUCCCCUGUUCGACGCCUGCGCAACCCGAAUCCAGUAGCGCCUCAGGGACGGGCUGUGAGUCUUCCAAUUCCACCAGCCUUGCCUCGACGUCUCUCCUGCAGCCGCUCAGCAACAUCCACUCUGAGCCACAUGGUCACUCUGCGCCUCGGGAUGCAGCCGACGACCUCGGUCGAUUGGACACUCCGCCCUCGCGUACAAUAUCUACAUGGGAUUGCGCAAAUACUUUAGCGAACGCCGGAGACGCCUCGUCCGCAUCUACAGAGCCGUUACAGCCAUGGUACGAUGAGCUCCCCUCUGACACUCUCGAUUUAUUCUCGUGCGUUCCGUUUGACCCUGUCGUACCGACUAGUCCUUGGAGUGACGCCAGUGGCAUUGGCAUCUACGUUAUGUUUGAUACUGCAGCUUACGGUAUGCCCAUGUCGCAUGUGGAGUACUAUCCUUGCCUUGCAACGCCUCCUCUUCAUUUAUCGUCACUGACGGGCUCGCCGUUGAAUAUCCAAGUAUCAUAGUCGGCUACUAGCACCUCCUACUGCGUAUACCCCAUUUCCCUUGCGAGCCAGUCUUCCCCUUCUUCUGACGACCCAGC